AUGAUGAGCUCCGUCUCCGCCGAGGAAUUUCUCGCGCGAUUCUUCUGCGAAGAAGACAUCCCAAAGGGGGAGGUGAGUGGUUCGGCACCACAGCCCGCCUCCCGCUUGGAGCUCCGCCAAUGGCAUUCCCUCCACCGCUCCCUGCGGCAGCUCUGCCGGGAACAUCAGCUGCACCUCGCCGAGGACCUCUUCACUUUCUUAGCGUCUAACCUUCCUUACGUGGAGCGAUACCUCAGAGGGGGGUUGGGGGAAAAAAAAAACCCGCCUGAAGUCGACGCCUGCGGCUUUUCAAACAUGGAAAAGCAAGGGGGGGUGCCCUCACAACGAGUUCUCACCGCCCUCCUUCGUUCCUGCGUGCGUUCCGCAUUUAGACUUGAGCUCGAUUCCUCGGAAAGAGGAGCGCUUCGCCCGAUCAAGCUUUCCGAUCUUCCGGUUUCUUCCGAAAACGGGGUCGUUCGUUUCGUCCCACUAGGGUGUGCGGUGUUGGAAAGUUGUUUGGGAGGGGGAUGGCGGCCGGGAUGGGUACACGACCUCGUUGGCGAGGCUGGGAGCGGGAAAACACAACUCGUGCUGCAGAGCGCAUUGCAAUACCUCGCGGAAGGGAUUGCGGCUCGACUCCUCCCCAGAAACGGCGACAACCCCGUCUUUUUCGACGCCAAUGGAAGAGGGAACCCGGAAGGAAACCGGGAAGGAAACGAAGGGGGAUUCAGUUGUGUGUAUCUCGCCUCGGAGGAGAUCCCUGCGGCGCGUCUUGCGCCUCUCGCCCUCGGCGCCAUCCAACGCAUUCGACGGCGUUGCGGAGAGGCCUUCAGUCGUUAUGGGGAGGCGGUCUACGUGGAGGGGCUCGCACGGCUGCGGGCGGGCCUCACCGUGGGCGCCGUGCUGCAGGGGCUGAAAAUCCGCAAAGUUCACAGCCUGGAGGAGAUCGACGGGCUGCUCCGUUCCGGCCUUCUUGCGAGCGUGAUCGGAACAGGAAAUCACAACGAGGAGAACGAGGGAGGGGGUGGGAUUCUCAUCGUGGAUUCCAUCGCCGCGGCCGCCGCGGGGAGCAGGGCGGGGGUGGAGAAAGCGGCGUCGUUCGCGCGGGGGGGAGGGUGGCAGGCGUUACUUUCGCGCGUAGGCGCGGAGCUUCGUCAACAGGCGGCUUCGCAUCGCUGGGUGGUGUUGAUUACGAAUCAGGUGCGGGCGAUUCCCGCGGCGGCCCGUGCGGAGGCCCUCCCUGCCCGCAUCCAGCCCCCAAAACGUCCACGGCGGGGUUUUUUUGGGGAUGGGGAGUCUGGGGAGGAGUGGGCUCCCGCCUUGGGGAUUCGAUGGAUGGUCACCCCUCACGUUCGGGUGUUGCUUCAAAAGCGGGGCGGUUACGACCAAGGGGAGGGGGUGCCGGGUUCGAACGCGCCGAGGCUUUUUACCUUACUUUCCAGUCCGGCCGUGGCGCCCGCGCAGGUGGCAUUUAAAAUCACCCAGUAUGGUAUUGAAGCCGGCGAUUAA